GGCUCUCGGCAGCCAGUAGGGUCUCGGGAUACUCAGCCUUUCGCCCAAUCCCGUGUUCCCUUGCUUCGGUGCCCUAGCCGACAGUGUUCCUCCUCCACUGGGGUUGCAGCCGUGGCGGCUUUCCUGGCCGUCUUCAUCUCCCUUCUGUCUUUCGCCGUCAGUUGUCCUGGCUCGGCUGGGAGCCCUUCGGAGCCUCUGAGAAUGAGUUUUCCCGUACUCCGGCGCGCGUCCUCUUGUCACCCUCCGAGCCCAUUCAUCUAGCGACUGGUCUCCCUUGCAAUUAUGGAUAUCUAAAAGAACUAGUCAGUGUGGAGGGGGAAUCCCCCUCCGCACUCCUUUCAUUGCCUUCUGGAAACAUUUUUCCUGGACUAUAAUGCAGUAUUUUGUAGAUAAAGAAAUGAACUUUUAAAUUUCUAUUGAUGAAAAUAUUUAUUUUUUUUAAGUGCCAAGCCUUAACAGCACAAUAAUUCCCAUGGCAGCUCUCUGCAGUUGAAUAAAAUACCUGGAAAUCAUGAACUUCAUGUGAAGAAGGGGCAAAAGCAGAGGGCCCGUGUGUGUUUUACAGGGGUUUCUCUUACGCAGGGGAGCAGUGCAGUAAAGAGUAAGAUGAGUUCUUUGAUGCCUGACUGUACCUCGAAGUGUCGAUCACUACAGCAUGCUUUGGAUAUUGUUUCUGUAGUAACCCAAGGAAGUGAAGGCCAGAUCAAGGCUUUCCUCACUUCUCACUGCUACAAUGCAGCAACGAGCAAGGAUAGCUUUGGCAGGAAUGCCCUCCAUCUUGCCUCUUCCUGUGGUAAGAAAGGAGUGCUGGACUGGCUGGCAGAAACAAAUGGAGUGGAUUUGUUGGCAAAAGACAAGGAGUCUGGGUGGACAGCUUUGCACCGUGGUGUUUUCUAUGGCCAUAUAGACUGUGCAUGGUCACUACUGAAGCAUGGCGUGAACCUGUAUGUGCAGGAUAAAGAAGGCUUGUCUGCUUUGGAUCUUGUAAUGAAGGACAGACCAUCCUAUGUCACUUUCAAGAACACAGAUCCUACAGAUGUCUACACUUGGGGAAACAACAUAAAUUUUACUUUAGGACAUGGUGGUCAACAGAGUAAACAUCAUCCUGAGCUGGUGGAUCUCUUUCCUAGGAAUGGUGUUUGUGUUAAGCAGGUGGUACUCUGUAAAUUUCACUCCGUGUUUCUUUCACAAAAAGGACAAGUUUACACCUGUGGACAUGGUCAAGGAGGACGCUUGGGUCAUGGUGAUGAACAGACUUGCUUGAUUCCCAGGCUGGUGGAAAGCUUGAUGGGUCAUCAGUGCUCUCAGGUGGCAGCAGCUAAAGAUCAUACACUUGUCUUAACAGAAGAUGGAUGUGUGUACACAUUUGGCCUGAAUACAUUUCAUCAGCUGGGUGUUCUUCCUCCUGCUAGCUGCAAUGUUCCCAGACAGGUUCAAGCAAAAAAUCUUAAAGGAAGAGCCGUGAUUGGUGUGGCUGCAGGCAGGUUCCAUACAGUUCUAUGGACCAAAGAAGCAGUAUAUACAAUAGGGCUGAAUGGUGGACAAUUAGGAUACUUGCUAGAUCCUAAUGGAGAGAAGUGUGUAACUUCUCCUCGCCAAGUUUCUGCCCUGCAUCACAAGGACAUUAGUAUGUCCUUUGUCACUGCGAGUGAUGGUGCCACAGUUUGUGUUACGGAAAGAGGAGAUAUCUAUCUGCUCACCGACUAUCAGUGCAAGAAGAUUGCUUCCAAGCAACUAAACCUAAAGAAGGUUCUUGUUAGUGGAGGCUAUUUAGAAUACAGAGUGGAUCCUCAGCACCUUAAGGAAAAUGGAGGUCAGAGGAUUUGUAUUCUUGCACUGGAUCAAGCGGGAAGAGUGUUUUGCUGGAAAUCCGCCAACAGUCCUUUGAAGCAGUGCCGAUGGGUCUAUGGCCGCCAAGUCUACAUGUCUGAUAUUUCUUUAAAUAGGAAUGAAAUGAUGUUUGUUACACAGGAUGGUGAAGCUUUCAAAGGAAAGUGGAUGGAUGGGAAUAGAAAUUCAGAAAAGAAAGCAGAUAUUGUGUCGAACCUUCAGAGUUCCUCAAAUGAUGUCUCAUCUUGCGAUAUGAACAAUGCAUAUGAACGAAUACGACUUGAGAAGCUUGCUUUUGUUCACAGAGCUGUUAGUGUUGCUACAGACCCUAAUGGAUGCAAUUUUGCUGUUUUACAGUCAGAUCCCAAAACAAGUUUGUAUGAAAUUCCAAGUGUCUCAACCUCCAGUUUUUCUGAGGAUUUUGGCAAAUUUUUGGGAGAAGCAGAAGUUAUGGACAACAUCCAUGAUGCGACUUUUCAGGUUGGCACCAGGACUUUCCCUGUGCACAAAUAUAUUUUGGCAAUGCGCUCUGAUUUUUUCCAGAAGCUCUUUGAGUCGGAUCACAGUUGGAUAGAUCUUGCUGAUAUUUACCGUAAAGAUGAAGAUGACGUUGGUUGUAAUCUCUUUGUGAUAGAAAGACUUCAUCCAGACUUGUUUAUGUAUGUUCUGCAGUACAUUUACACAGAUACGUGUGAUCUCCUCAUUCAUGGUCACAGGCUCAAAAUGGUGGUCAAAGAAAAAAUUGAAGAGAAUGAAGACACCUUAAUUACAAACUUGAAUAAAGUAACUAUUAAUGGAGAUGUUAAUAAUAAGUCUGCAUUUGAGGUUUACAGAAGUAACCAAGGGUACAUGGGAAAUGAAAAACAGAAGAGCAAACCAAAAUCCAUUUCUAAGAAAUGUAAGGGUACUGGAGAAGAUGUGAAUCUCAUAAAAAUGUUGCAAAUUGCUGCAAAGAAAUUUGGAAUUGGGAGCUUAAGUUCAAGACUAGAUGGAGUCAGAAUAGAAAAUGGAAGAAUAAAUAUUGUCAACAGAAAAACUGGCAACAAACCAAAGCUAAACCAGAAAAAAUGUUCAUACCUCUGUGAUGUGACCAUGAAGUCUAUAGAUGGAACGGAAUUUCCAUGCCACAAAUGUGUACUCUGUGCAAGACUUGAUUAUUUUCACAGCAUGCUGAGCAGCUCCUGGAUUGAGGCAUCAAGUUGCACUGCUCUGGAAAUGCCAUUCCCCUCUGACAUCCUGCAGGUCAUCCUGGAUUAUAUUUACACUGAUGAAGCUGUUACAGUAAAAGAAUCUCAAAAUGUGGAAUUCAUCUGCAAUGUUCUUGUGGUAGCAGACCAACUCCUUAUGUUACGACUGAAAGAAAUCUGUGAAGUAGCCAUUACUGAAAAACUUACUUUAAAGAAUGCUGCUGAGCUUCUUGAGUUUGCAACUAUGUACAACGCUGAGCAAUUGAAACAAUCUUGUUUGCAAUUCAUAGUUCUAAACAUGGCAGCUAUACUUGAAGCAAGGGCUUUAGAUGUUUUGAGUGAUCAUGUUUUGAAGGACCUUUCUGUUUCCUACAGAAAAAUGAUUCCCGCCAUGGUAAGAAGGGUAAUUACUCCAUACCAAGAUGGCCCUGAUAUUACUUCUUUGGAGCCUGAGGAAGGAGAAACCUUUGUCUUCCUGAAAGAAGAACUAAGUACAGAGCAAGCUACUCAGGAAGCUCUUCUUAAAAAAGCAAAAGCAAAGGCUAAAAAGAAGCCACGAAGACGGUCAGACAGCUCAGGGGGCUAUAAUCUAUCAGAUAUUAUUCACAGCCCACCCUCCACAGGGAUAUUGAAACUAGAUAAAACUAAUUCUGUUGAGUCCCUUCCUGAAAUGCUGACGUCGGAUUCUGAAGGUAGCUGUGUAGGAGUGAAUAGUCCCAGAGAUUUGCAGUCUCCUGACUUCACAGCAGGAUUCCAUGCAGAUAAAGUUGAGGUGAAAGAGAAAACAAGUGUUUCUCGUCCAUGGGUUCCAAAUGCCAAUAAAGAGAUGAAAAUAUGUGAGGUACCAUCAUUGCAAAAAAUAUCUCUUCCACAGUGCAUUCCCAACAAAAACAUCUCUACAACUUCUUCCAAUUGGGUUAUCAGCUGUUUUAGUCCUGCCAGCCCUCCUGCUAUGGAUUUAAGAACUAUUAUGGAACUUGAAGAAAACAUGCAAAACUGUGGAAGCAUGCCAAAGAUAAAUUCAGGUAGAUCCACUUCUCAUGGAAGUAAGCUUUCUCAGAAGCAAAGGAAACUGAUUGCAAUGGCUGCGAAGGAUAACAACCCAGACAUUGUGCCAGAUGCAGCCAUGCCAUCUGCACCUCCAAAUGCUGCAAAACCAGGGAAUGUGUGGUCUUCUUCAUUGCAUUCUGCUUUACCAAAGUCAUUCCGUGAUCUCCUAGUGGAGGAAAAAAAAUUAGUUGGUGCCAGGUCUGGAAAAGUUUGUGCUAAAGCGAAAGAGGACUUACAAGAUCAAAAGCCUCUGAGAUGCACAACUGCUACUGCUCUUGGUGCAGAAAAUGAACAUUUAUAUGAACCGACACUGUCAGAAAAUCAGAACCCUUGGUUAGCAGCAUCCUUGAUGAGUCCAGCUGUAGUGACACCUAUCACAUUUGCAGAAAUUGUAGAGGAAGAACUCCAGCAAGAAGCUGCUCUUAUACGGAGUAGAGAGAAACCUUUAGCUUUGAUCCAGAUUGAAGAACGUGCUAUUCUGGAUCUGUUAAUCCACUAUCAAGCAGUUGGCAACCCUGAUGAGUUUGUUGUUGUUGAAAGGUCUCCACAAGGGCCAAUAGCAGCUCCAAUGUGGAACAAGCAUUGAUGCAGACUAAUUUUGGAUUUUAUGACGAUGUAUGCACUGCACAAAUGUAGCAUUAUUUGCAUGGAUGUAGUGGUUCUAAAGUAAAAAUGAAGGUAGUAAUGUGUGCCAUCUAUUUUCAACAUAGUACCUGCUCUGAAAAUGUAUCUUCGUUUUCAGACUGCAUCGCUAGAUUGUGCUCCUUCACAAGGUGCAUAUUGUGAAGAUGGAGUUGAAUGCUUAAAACUAAGUUUUAAGUAGGGCUAUAUGCGUUUACUUUCUUAGUAAUUAGCAAAAGGUACGAAACCAAGUGUUACUUCUCCAGUUAACAACAAUUGAACUGUCAUAAUCAUGCAUACAUGUUAAAUUAAUUGAACUGAAUAAUCAACCAGAAUAUCACACAUUUUGAUUUCCUAAUUUUUUUUUCUGUGUAAAUGAGAAAGAAAAUGCUGUCUGUUGAAGCAGUGGUAUCUAAUGUUGGGUAUGUUUCUGUGCCUCAGUAUUCUUUGCUCUUCUGACCUAUUCUCCUUACCGUCAUGCCUUACUUAAGUCUGUGCUGGACAGGCAUUCUGUGCUGGUUUAGGUAGGUAUUUGCAUUAUGAUGAUGACAGCUUCAGAAGAGCUCAAGCUCAAGUAGCAAAAAAAGAGAGAGAAAAGAAUGGCACUUUUUGGCUUGUAUCGCAGAAUGGGAUGGGGUAAGAAGCAGCAUGCUAAACUGCAAAAUGUUUAAGGAAAAGUGGAAACUAUUAAUUAAAUAUUAAAACUACUUAAGCAAAUUGCAUUUUGAUCAUUUUCACUUGUAACAGAUUCAUUGAUAUUAUUCAGCACUCUGUGUUCAAAAACCUAUGCCUGAUUGUGGAUGAUUUUUCUUGUAAUUGGAAAGUCUUAUAAAAAAAUGUUUGUUAACUGUGUAAAAGUGGUGUUGGUCUGAGUGGAGUUAUGGGGGGGGCUUUAUUUCACCUAUCUGAACAUUUACUGAAGGGAUGAGGACCUUUGGCUCUCCAGAUGUUGUUGGUCUCCAACUACCAGAUGAUAGUUAGGAUUCUAGAUGUUAGGAUAAUCUGGCUGCAGCAUCUUUUACCCCAUUGAUCCUCAGGGCUGAUUUGGCUAAUGUGGGUAUCCCCUUCCUCCCUCACUGCUUUUUGUUCAAGGGUAUGUGAUAACUACGCUCCCCUCCUAGAAUCUCCAAACUUGCAUCAGCCACAGCCUAUAUGGCCAAUGGCUAGGGGCAAUGGUAGUUGGAGUCCAAUAACAUCUGGAGGACUGCAGUUUGUCUGCCUCUGGUCUACAUUAAAUGUACUUGUAUCUUAUGGUUUGGGACUGAACACCAAAAAUGACCCUGGAAACACAAUUACAGUAAAGACUAAAUGAUGGCACAGCUUGAUCUACUGCAGAAUACAUGAUUGAUUUAUAGAUUAUCUUUGUGACUCAGCAUUUCAUUGGAUGGGAAAACAAAAACAAACAACUAUGAAGGGUAAUGAGACAAACUUCUCAUUAGUGCACAAUAAAAUAUAUCAACAUGGAAUAUAUAAUUCAAAUUUGUAGUUGUUAGUUUAGCAGUAUGUUGAGGCUAUAUUC